AUGACCAAAGAAGACUUCAUUCAGGAAUUUGAAAAGUCAGACGAAUUCAAACUCCUUGACAAAGUCGUAAACGAAGAGAUCACCAUGCAAGAUGCAUUCUUUCACCUACUCAAACUAACCAUGGAUCAAUUGUCUAUCUAUGGUCCGGAGGAUUGGAACAAAUUCGGGACCCCAGACUACAAUGUCGCUUGUGCCACAGUGGAGCUCGCUCAACGCCUGGAGCCAUCCAAGCACUCAAAGCUUGUCGAGUUCAUGUAUCAUCUCCAGAAGCAAGUUGCAAUCUACCCAUCUACAAAUGAACCUCUGGAUGCUCAAGGUCAUAUCUUCUGGACAGAGUUACCGUCGUUUGGGUACACGGAAUUUGAGGAAUGGGAAGAGUUUGGUGGCGCUCACGAAGAUCCAUUUAACCCAAGGAUGUAUUAUAAGGAGCGAGAUCGCUGGACAAAACUCAAUGCUUUCCUCGCGCAACUUACUCAGGCUGCAGAUGUUUACUAUCCAUCUUCCCAGAAAGAACCGCUAUACCAUCCCCUGGAUAGGUCAGGUCGCGCUAUCUGGACUAUUGCCAUGGCACUUGAGAAAGAUCGCCCUCCUGCAUGGCUCAGAAAUAUUGUGCUGCACAAUCAUGCUCUGCUUAAAACCCUUUAA